AUGAGGCAUUUGUCAUUAGCAUUUUUGUUCCUUCUCGUCCUUUCACCGUUGAAAGAAACUCGAUGUUCUCUUAGACAGUUGAAGUUGUACGAAUUCCAAGAAAAACUCCGAGAAAAAAGUGAUGCACCGAUGCCGAUGCCAAUGCCACUCUCACAUUCUCCCAAGAAUCAUGGGAGGGUAUUUUAUCCAAUCGGGUACGGUGCUGAUCCAACUGGAGUUCAAGAUAGCGCAGACGCCAUAUUUGCUGCAAUAAGAGAUGCUGGAACACUGCAAAAUGGGCUCGACUUGUUGCCGGGAAUCACUGAUUUAGGUGGUAUUGUCAUUGAUUUGCAAGGUGGGAAUUUCAGGAUCAGUCACCCCAUUAGGUUCCCACCUGGCAUUGGAAAUCUUGUGGUACAAGAAGGCACUUUAAGGGCAUCCGAUUCAUUUCCAGAUGAUAGGCAUCUCAUUGAAUUAUGGUCGCCUGAUUCUCCGAAAUUUUCAAAAACAGACUACCGUCCCGAUAAUCUUUUUCCCCGAAAAGAUCAGAACGAUGGAAUGUACUACGAGGACAUCACAUUCCGGGACAUCCUCUUCGAUUCAAGCUAUCGAGGUGGUGGACUCUUUGUUAUCGACUCAACUAGAAUACGCAUUAACAAUUGCUUUUUCAUACACUUCAAUACAGAAGGAAUUCUUGUAAAGGGAGGUCAUGAAACUUUCAUAUCAAGCAGCUUCCUCGGACAACACCCGACAAUUGGUGGAGACAGAGGCGAGAGAGAUUACACGGGCACUGGUAUCGAUCUUGCCAGUAAUGACAACGCCGUCACUGAUGUUGCCAUUUUUUCAGCAGCAACUGGAAUUAUACUAAGAGGCCAAGCUAAUAUACUCACCGGGGUACAUUGUUACAAUAAAGCUACGUAUUUUGGUGGCGUAGGAGUAUUAGUAAAAGCAGCACAGACUAGGAUAACUGAUUCUUACUUAGAUUACAACAGCGUUGUGAUUGAGGACCCUUCUCAGGUUCAUGUUUCUAAUGGGUUUUUUCUUGGGGAUGGUAAUGUUGUUCUGAAGUCGAUUAGGGGUCGAGUUUCAGCUUUAAAUAUCAUUAACAAUAUGUUCUGUGGGGAUCCAAAACAUAUGGUUCCAAUAAUAAAACUAGAUGGGGAUUUUACUAGCAUUGAUCAAGUUGUGGUUGAUCACAACAAUGUGAAUGGGAUGAUCUUGAAAUCCACGGUGGGAAAAGUGACAGUGGCAGGGAAUGGGACAAAGUGGACGGCUGAUUUUUCUUCGACCUUGCUGUUUCCUAACAAGAUAAAUCAUGUUCAGUAUGCAUUAUACAGUCGAGGAGGAAUAGUUGGUGGAUUUCCAACUCACGCAGUCACAAAUGUUUCGAAUAACGUGGUGGUGAUUGAGAGCGAAAAGGGAGUUGAUGGGGUGGUUUCGGUUUUUGCUGAUCAACACAAUAUGGCCGGGGACAGAAAUUUUGUUAUGUAA